CUAUGAAAAUGUACAUACAGUACAGUUGCUCCCUCCUUGGUUUCACUGCUUCAGACAGUUUGAUGACACCUGUUCUGGGCCGGGAUCAACGAAACGGACGACUACAAACCUGUCCACCGGCUGAGUGGCGAUCGAUUGACGGUGACACCUGCUGCAGCCUGCACAAGACUCCCCUUGCCUUGGCCUUGGCUUGGUGACCGGUUACCAUUGCCUGGACACUCAGUACUCGUAGACCUACUGAGUCGUAGUCUACUGAGUCGUAGUGGAUAACCUGACUUGCCCUUUCGUCACGAGAUCACCGCGGGCGGUACGCUGUACGCUACAUACAGCGAUCGUUUCUCUUCAGGCUAAAAUAGUUGAGCCAGGAUAUAAAUGUGUGAACUCAACGUUUGAAAUUUCACAUUCGGACUGUCUGCAUGCACCUUCCAUCCUCUCUACAAGUAGAUCCUGAGUGUUACUGCUGUAUCCUGCUAGCAUCGAUGCGUCUGCUGGCUGCUCACGUACGUGGAGAUCGCCUACAAAUCUGAGUUUGAGCACUUCAAAAUAAUUAUUGAGUAACUCCACUGGGCGAACUGCAAACUGUCGCUGUACAGUGUCAUUGACUGAGCACAGCCGGAUCCAGCGCUGUUGUAGUGGUGAGUGUACACCUACCGCUGUUUCUAACGACACAUCAGCAUGGCGUCCAAGUCCGAUAGUGAACCUCUGCCGCCUGUGGUCCACAGCCGCGCAAAGAAGCAGUUCUCACUGAAAUUGCCACAGGGUACAGCAACACUGCCGUACGAUAUACUGGAGUCAGGCGAGUUGGAAUACUUCCAUACUGAAGUGCCAGAGUCAUGCAGGGGGAAAGGGCUGGGAGCUGUUCUAGCAAAGGCGGCAUUUGACUAUGCUGUGGAGUCUGGAAAGAAGGUGCACGUUACCUGCACCUAUCUGCACCACUACCUGGAUAAACACCCUAACCCGCAGUACCUGGCAGCGAGCAGAAUCACCCGGCCAAGCUGAUUUCGGACUUCAGGAGUGUGAAGUUUCAUACAAGUUGACACCUGUUCGCCCAGUCAGAGCCAGGUGAGAGUUGAGCCGCCCGUGUGUCACCUGGGCUGGAGACCGGCAGUGAUGGCAUACUCUCCCGGCCCGCGGAUGAUAAUUUUUGAUGAUGGGAGGUGUAGAUGAUGAUUUUAAUGGUGCAGGGUUUGUCUUAUCCAUAAUUGCUUUGCUGCACUAAUGCACUAAUACUGCUCCUCGCUUUCACUAUUCCGCAAAUCUGUACGUGAUCACAUAGGGUACCCUGUAAAAAGGCCUUAGGCCUGUGGUGAUUGCCCUAUUCAAAAUUUAAAUAAUAAUAAUAAUAAUUCUGCCACUAAUGCAUGUAUGGUAGUUUUUGAUACUGUUGCACCAUUUGCGCGACACACUUGAAUCAUUUACAAUGAAGUCCCUUGACUUGACUCCUUUUUAGGGCACAUUUGAACCCUAUCGUAGCAUUCGUGCACUUGUGUGACCAUUUCGCACUUCGUCUUCGCCCCUAUCUGGCGGGUGGUGACCUUUUCAGUCCCUCUGUGUCCGUUUCGGGGACUUGGUGUGAUAUUUACCAUGAUACAUCAUGUUGUCCUUAUACGGUGUUCUCUCAUUUAUCCGGGGCUGCUUUAUAUGUGGUGUUCACUCUUCACCAUUAGCAAG